AUGACGCUCGAUAAAAUCCUACAACCGCCACCGCCAUCGCUGGCCGUGGUGGCAGUAGGUAACGGUGCCGGUAGUGAAUCCUUGAACAUCAUCAUCCCUGGUUCGACUCGAAAUGGCAACAAUAAAAAUAAACUUCCCCAUACGCUGCAACAAUGGCAGGAAGAGCAACAACGCCAACCUAAUAGAGCCAGCAACAAUUGCAAUCAUAAACCUAAUCAAAACAAUAAUUAUCGUCACGCCGCGGCCGUCACUGCUGGUGUAAGGCAGCGAUUGUUCGGUGGAACAGUUGGCAGGAUGGAGGCUGUUCCGCAAAUUAAAAUCGUUAUUGAUGAUACCGAGCUGGAUCGACGGCGUGGAGAAAAUAGUGGGGAAAGACAAUGGGACGAGGGGGUUGUAUCCUCACCGAGCCUACUGACUCCAGGCAGUCCUCCGGCAACGUUCUGGGGCUUUGGGUUCGGAAACGUGGACAGCGCUGGGAACGAUGAUAGUGAAGAUGAAGCGAGUUAUGAGGUGGAAUAUGAACUGGACGAAAUGAUAGCCGUGGUAAACGAUGACGAUGUAGAUAGUGAGCUGGAUGGUGAUCAUCAUCAUCAUCAUCAUCAUCAUCAUCAACACCAUUUGCACCACGAUGAUGAGCUGGAGGACAAUGGCGACGAUGACGAGAGCGAACAUGGCUACAGAAGCGCGUGCAAACUAUCGGACAAAAAUAGGGCCGACCGGCUUGCGCGUCCACGAAUGUCACUGCUGGGGAAGCCGCUCAACUAUAACCGCGGCUCACGACGUGAUGCCCGUUAUAGGCGGCUACAGAGCAGGGUCUACAACUUUCUGGAACGACCGCGGGGCUUCAGAGCGAUUUUCUACCAUGUACUUGUAUUCUUCAUGGUGUUCACAUGUUUGGCCUUAAGUGUCUUCUCAACUAUUCAGGAAUACGAGGAACAAGCAAUCGCCAUCUUAUUCGUCAUGGAAAUUAUCGUAGUCAUAUGGUUUUCAAUCGAGUUCUUCCUGCGACUGUGGUCAUCAGGAUGCCGGUCACGAUAUCAAGGAGCCGUAGGGAGGCUGAAAUUUUUAAAACGGCCUUUUUGUAUUAUAGAUGUAGUUACGAUAAUAGCAUCGAUAGUGGUACUUGUGAUGGGAACAUCCGGCCAGGUCUUUGCUACGAGUGCAUUGCGUGGCCUACGGUUCUUCCAGAUCCUGCGCAUGGUGCGGAUGGACCGACGUGGUGGCACGUGGAAACUGCUAGGGAGCGUCGUUUAUGCUCAUAGACAAGAAUUAAUUACAACAUUGUACAUAGGAUUCCUGGGCCUUAUUUUUGCCUCGUUUUUAGUGUACCUAAUGGAGAAGGAUGUGAAGGAAACCAAAUUCAAUAACUUUGCUCAAGCCUUGUGGUGGGGUGUGAUAACGCUGUGCACGGUCGGAUACGGCGAUAUGGUACCGGAAACGUGGCAAGGAAAAAUUAUUGCAUCGUUUUGCGCCUUACUUGGAAUCUCGUUCUUUGCCCUGCCGGCGGGCAUUCUCGGUAGCGGGUUCGCCUUGAAAGUACAACAACAGCAACGGCAGAAGCACAUGAUCCGACGCCGUCAGCCAGCUGCCACGCUGAUCCAAUCGCUCUGGAGAUGCUACGCAGCGGACGAACACUCGCUCUCGGAAGCGACGUGGAAAAUUCACCAAGUACCUCUUCCCAGCCCGCCGCCAUCAAACGAUUACUGGGAUCUGCUGCUCGAAAGUCUCAACAUCCAUAGAAAUGGACUGAGUCAAAUUUCGCUUAUCAGGCGGGCGUCUUCGAGCUUCAAGCACAAUGCCUCGUUCGUGGCCCGGCUGCCGACGAUCCGGCGACAUAAGAGCCAAUCGCUGCACUCGCCCGGCAAUGCGAAACCACCGAGCGGCAGCGGAGGAGCCAGCAGUGGUAGCAAUCGAGCCGGCCGCUGCCCACGGGUGACGGACAUCAACGCUUCCUCGGAGAACCUGGAAGUGACCAACAACGGUAGACCCAUGAAUCCCAGUCUCAGCGAAGACUCGGUAGCGGAAACAGCACUGUCCAAGAAAAAUUCCGAUGACGAAGAUGAGGAACCUAGAUGUAUACAGCUAACGAACCAGCACAAGGGGGCCAUCCGAUUCAUCCGAAAGAUGAAGUACUUUGUAGCGCGACGAAAGUUCAAAGAGGCCUUAAAACCGUACGACGUGAAAGACGUCAUGGAGCAGUACGCAGCCGGACACGUCGAUCUGCUCGGCCGAGUGAAGAAUGUUCAAACUAGGUUAGACCAAAUUCUUGGCAAACAAGGAUCAAAAUCAAAAGAUGUGUAUGCAUCGAAAAUUAGUUUAGCUUCUCGUGUAGUGAAAAUUGAAAGACAAGUUGACGACAUAGAGACAAAGGUAGAUACGUUUAUAGAGUUAUACAUGCAGGAUCGGAAGCGCCUUUUAUCACUUCCACUCCAUCCUGACACAUCACAUUCCAACAAUCCAAACCUUCCAUCGUUGCCACCGAAAGGGGGCGGAGCAGCGGCUGUAAUCACGUCUGUGACAAGUAGUUCUAGUGGUUCGUUAAAACCAAAACCUAUUUUAAUAGAUAAACAAUUUUCGGAACCGAAUUCACCGAUCGCGAAAACAUUCGAAGAACCAAUACAGCAGAGACGUCCACCAAUGCAACGCGGAUUCUCCGACCUGGGACAUAGGAUUAAGAAGCGAGUUACUUUAAGCUCUAUACCCCCGCAGUACGUGGGGAACAGUACCGGUCAAGCGCACGAUCGUGGUGAUGUCGUAAUCGUAGUUCCUAACCUCGAAUCCGACCAGCUGGAGCCGAUCGGCAUUGAGGACCUAGCAUCCGUCUGCAUCGACACCGAAAUCGAAAUCGAGCCCGGUAGCCCGAAAACCAUUACGGAAAGUUCAAUUAUCAUGAUGGACGAAGAAGAUGAUGAAGACGACGAAGAGGAAGACAUCGAAGAGGAGGAACUGGACAUUGUGGGAGAAAUCGAUUCCCCUCCUUGGGACAUGUACGGCGAGCUGGACGUCGAGGAUCAGGACGAAACGACGGAGAACACGGCCUUACUGCGAACGGCCGCCAAGACCGAGAUCAUCGUCACGCCAAUUAGUCCGGUCAGCUCCGCAUACGAGCUAAACCGAAUGGAUAGCGACGAAUACAAACGGCCACGUCUGGGUGCCAUGGGAGCCGGUAGCACCACCAGCACCAAUAACGGUGCAGCCACAACACCAAACAACAACGACAGUGACGACCGCCAGCAAAUCACUGCAGGAUCUUCCACCGGUGGCGGUACCACGAUGGACUCGCUCAGACCGGAGAUGACCCCACAACAACAGCAGCAGCAGCAGCGCAGCCUCGCCUCCGAAGACAUAUGAGAAUGGCUGAAACUGUCCCCAAUGGUCCCAUUUAGUUUGAGCUGCUGCUGCUGUUGCUACUGUUACGGCUGCGACUACCACUUCCCAUUCCAUUCCCAGUUCUGCUAUGUUUUCCAAAAUAUUUCUCGACUGGUGCUACUACUGCUAGCGCUUUCCGUCUGGACGCCGCCACUGACCAUCACGUUCUUGACAUGUCCAUCAACAACAGUUGCUGCCAGCAUGGAGACGACCACAAAGACCAAACCUCCAAAUGGGCACCACCAGCAGCACCUUAAUCACCGAAACUUGACGGCAGCACUAGCAUACGAAAUCCUAAAGUUUUAGUAGAUCUAGUUGUUAAGCAAUUGAUUUCUCCACAAAAGUUAAGUCAUUUCCUCGACAGUAUAGUAUGAACGAAAUUCAUGAAGACGAUUUUAGAAUAUAAGUUUAAAAGUUGUUUUUAAAAUCCACGUAUCGAUUGGGCAAUUUAGAUCUUGAAGAAAUGAUUGCUUGUGAUUCUCAGAUAUCCCUAUAUCGACAUAGUGUGUCUAGCAUUCUUGAAAAUUUUAGCGAAAAUUUCAUUGAUUUGCGUGUAAGUAGUACUUAAUCAAGAUUUUAAAUCUUCCGAUUCUAGACGAUUAAUAAAUACUAUAGAGGUUUGACGCAAUGUCAACCGCUUCGGUAUGGAGAGUGAUGCAUUGAACGGAGGUAAAUUGUGUUGUGGUUAGGGCUGAAAAGGGUUAAUUUUCAGUUGAAGAUUACAUGCGAUUUUUACUGAAGACGCUUCCUAAAUCCAUACUCCGAUUUAAAAAAAAACGGGGUGAGGGAUUUUCGUCAAAUUCUUUGACAUGACAGAACGGUGUUGUAAAGAUUGCAAUGAUGAGUUUAUUUAUUGUUUACAUGGGUGUACCUAAGGGAGGCACGGGACAUCGAAUGCAUCUCCCCCUAAUUCAGUUACAGUAUUAAUUUUCAGAAUUAAUUUAUUUUUAUUUUUUAUUAUCGUGAUUUUUAGCCGUAGGCUAGUUUGUACGUUUAAGAAUAUGGAAUAUGGAAUUGCGAAAGUUCCAGGAAUUGAUUACCGUAAGCUGUCAGUUUUGAUCGCACAACUACUGACAGCAUGGUGGGAAAAAGAUAUUCAAAAAUCCAACACCUUAGGUGUUUUAUGAAGGCUGACCUUCAUGAUGGGCCAAAACUUCUCAAUCGGGUGAAGUUCUGGCCAGUUCGGUGGGUUGACGUCUUUUGGUACAAAAAGUAAGAGGUUGUAUGCACGACAGUAGAUUUGACGUAGAAUUACGUGCUCGGUAUCAAUAUUCGGCGACUGUGUUAGGGAAUCCACUUUUUCUCAUCACGGAAACGCCUCGUUCUUUCGUUGUGUACUGGAGAACAAUGUUCAACGCCACGCGUCGAAAACACUGCUGCUACUGCUGAUGCUGAUGAUGAUGACGACCGAUCGGACACCAUCACACAUGGUGAUUGAAUAAGCACCGUUCGGCGAGACCAGAUGGAAUUCGAUUUUGAAAUCUGAGUUAGGGAAAGUGUUCAUUUUAGCAGAUUUGUAGAAAAAUAUUCAAUCGAUAAUCUUGUUUAGAAUUAAAAUCCAUCCACUAUUGACAGGGUUAUAAGUGGUCAAAACCUGACCACUUUUCGUAACACGGUCGAUUUUGUUUUUUUUUAAUUGCACCCCCGAAAUGUUGCCAAAAGACGUAAUCAUACGGCAAAACAACAUUACUGUCUUUGUACCAGUUUAACACCAGCCGCGCGUAGUGGCAGUAUGCCAAAUCCGGCCAAGACAGCGUCUCGCCUCCGUGAGACCGCAGGAAGGGUAGGAAGCGCUGCUGGCGACACCCGUCCCGGCAGAUUUGCCCGUUGAUGGUACUCCUGCCCCGGAAACUGCUUUGUGCUGCUUUGAUGUAAGUCUCGUCGUCCAUCGCGACACACCUCGGUUUCUUCAGCCACUCCUGGUACAGCUUCCUGGCACGGGUUUUGGCCAUCGUGUUUUGUUUGUCGUUCCGGUUCGGUCCUUUUUGGACCUUGUAGACGUGGAUGCCGGCACGUGUAAUCGUUUUUUCGACAAACCAGGUGGAAACA